AUGGAGUCCUUCACCGACCGAUCGCGAUCUCUUCGAAAGCGCUUGAAGCACGCGGCCUCCUUGCACUUGCGGCAGAUCCCGUGCCUGCACGCGGUCGUGAGAUCUCUGCGAUGCUUCAAGCGCAGCCGCUACCGGAGCUUGGGGCAGGAGGAGGGCGAGGAAGAAGUUCUGGACCAACAGCAACAAGUCAAUUUUUCUUUCGGUCAG